AUGCUACAUCCUUCAACUGAAGCACCUCCAGACUCAGUGGAAGUACUUCCGGAUCCAACUGAAGCGCCUCCAGACUCAAUAGAAGAACUUCCGGACCCACCUGAAGCACCUCCAGACUCAGUGGAACUACUUCCGGACCCACCUGAAGCAACUCCAGACUCAGUGGAAGUACUUCCGGACCCACCUGAAGCACCUCCAGACUCAGUGGAAGUACUUGCGGAUCCACCAGAAGCGCCUCCAGACUCAGUAGAAGAACUUCCGGACCCACCUGAAGCACCUCCAGACUCAGUGGAAGUACUUCCGGAUCCACCAGAAGCGCCUCCAGACUCAGUAGAAGAACUUCCGGACCCACCUGAAGCACCUCCAGACUCAGUGGAAGUACUUCCGGACCCACCUGAAGCACCUCCAGACUCAGUGGAAGUACUUCCGGAUCCACCUGAAGCGCCUCCAGACUCAGUAGAAGAACUUCCGGACCCACCUGAAGCACCUCCAGACUCAGUGGAAGUACUUCCGGAUCCACCUGAAGCGCCUCCAGACUCAGUAGAAGAACUUCCGGACCCACCUGAAGCACCUCCAGACUCAGUGGAAGUACUUCCGGAUCCACCUGAAGCACCUCCAGACUCAGUGGAAGUACUUCCGGAUCCACCUGAAGCGCUUCCAGACUCAGUGGAAGUACUUGCAGAUCCACUUGACGCGCCUCCAGACUCAGUAGAAGAACUUCCAGAUUCUGUGGAGGUACUACCAGAUUGGGCUGAAAUGCUUUCAGAGUCACUUGAAGUACUUCUGGUUUCCCUUAAAGCCCUGGCGGAAUAA